UAGUUUCCUAAUUGGGAAGAUAUCAGAAUUGUCGUGGGACGUCUACACAAUUCUGUCCGGAUUCCUCGUCAACCCGGUUUCCGAGCAUCUUUCUUUCAGCUUCAUGUUUCUAUAUGUGGAUCAUGAAGCUUUUCGUACGGUGUGGGGUAUCACGAGAGGCGUAGUCAUGAUGGUGAUGGGCAUGGUAUGGUGGUGGUGGUGGUGGUGGUGGUGGUGGUGGAGAUACUCGGACUUAAGCCGUAGGAUGGACUUCGAACGCAGUUUCCUAAUUGGGCAUCAUCUCAAUCUUCGUCGCACGUCUAUGCAAUUAUGUUCGGAUUCCUCAUCACCCCGAUUUCCGAGCAUCUUUCUUCUGGCUUCAAUCUGUGUGAGUGAGGCUCAUGAAGCUUUUCGUAUGGUGGGGGAGUAUCAUGAUAGGUGUAACUAUGGCCGCGGCCGCGGUGGUGGUGGUGGUAGUAGCAGUGGUGGUGUUGAUACUCGAACCAUAGACGUUUGACGAUCCUCAGAUGCAGUUUCCGAAUCGGGACAGUAUCGAAAUCAUCG